GUGUUGGUAUGACUGCAUAAGAUUUAGAAAAUACGUCAAAUUAUGUCGCCACUGUCAUAUUUUCUAAUUUACAUUUUACAAAUUAUUUCGGUUAAAUCUAUUGAGCUGUUGAUUUUCCAUACGAAUGAUAUUAAUGGAUAUUUUGACGAAACGUUCAAUUCAAUAGGUGAAAAACCUGUUGGUGGUUUUCCAAGAAUUGCGUAUGUGUUAAAUAAAGCUAGAGAUGAUUAUCGGCGCGGUAAAGGACCCGCUGUUCUUUAUUUUGAUUGUGGAAAUGUGUUCAUUGGUAGCCCAUGGUUUUCAAUUCAUAGAGAUAAAAUUGCGACCGCCCUUAUGAAUUCUUUAACACCCGACGCUGCGUGUUUAGGCACUUUAGAAUUUGCGUAUGGACUGAAGGGAUUAUUACCAUAUCUUUCAAAGAUUAAUUUUCCAAUCGUUGUAUCAAACCUCGGUCUUUCUAAGCAACAAAGUCUCGCAAAAUUAGUUAACAAAAAGCUUGUAUUUAAUAUUAAAAAUACAAAAAUUGGAAUUCUUGGGUACAUAAAAAAUCGGAGACAAGCAUUUACUAAUUUAAUCUACUCCGUGGAAGUUUUGGAUGAAAUCGAAGUUAUAGGUCAACUCGCUGAGUCUCUUCGAAAAGAUGGUGUUCACAUAAUUAUAGUAUUAAGUCACGGCGGGUUGCAGGCAGAUGUCACCUUAAGCAGGUUAAUAAGAUAUGUUGAUAUUAUUCUCGGCGGAAAUACCAGGAAUUUUUUAUGGAAUGGUCCACCUCCAGAUAUGGAACAGCCAACCGAUCCGUAUCCACUUAUUGUUAAGCGUUUAGAUGGUGUACAACUUGCGAUUGCUCAUGGUUACCGCAGAGCUAAAUAUCUAGGUAAAUUACAUGUCAGCUAUAAUACAAGGCGUUUAACAGGACAAUAUCAUGGUCAGCCCAUUUUUUUGAAUGAAGACAUAGGACAAGAUAAAUACGUUGCAGACUUACUUAACACCUUUCGUCCUGCGGUGACGGAAGCGAACGAAACAUUUGUUGGCAAAAGCAGAGUUACAUUGGAUGGAGAGACUUGUUUUUAUAACGAAUGUAAUUUUGGAAAUUUGAUAGCAGAUUCUUUUGUUCGUUAUAACGCUAAGCGGUUUUUAACAAAGUAAGAUUAACUUAGUUUUGUGUAUUUUCCACAAAUUCCUAUUGAUAAAAACAUUUCUAGAUAUGAUAAAAUUUCUUAUAAUAUGUGGACGGAUGCUGCAAUAGGACUAAUUAACGUUGGUGCGAUACAAGAAAGCAUCAUCCCCAGAAAAAGAAAGAAUAAUGUUUAUAAAAUUAACUUGUUAGAAGCAAUACCCUUUAAUAAUUUACUCUAUGUGAUUAAAUUAUCCGGGUCUGAUUUACUCUUAGCUUUAGAACACGGUGCGAAAGGUCAUGAACACCGAAGAUUACCUGAGUUUUUAAUUCCGUCAGGAUUAAAAGUUGUGUACGACUUUACAAGACCCGAAGGCAAGCGGGUUAAAUCGGUUCUUGCGAAAUGUUCACUUUGCAGAACACCAAGGUAUGAACCUUUACAAAGUACUAGCAUCUACGGGGUUGUCACUACUGAGUAUUUAGUGAAUAGCGGCGAUGGACAUUUUUCAUUAGGCAAAGGAAAAUCUAAUAUGUUAUCUUCUAACGAUGCUGAUCAUAUCAUUAAUUGCUUAAUGGAAUACUUUCAAGCUUUUCAAGUUGUCGCGCCUGAAAUUGAAGGUCGAAUUAUAAUUGAGAAUCCAAUUCCUGCAGGGGUCCCCAAUACAACUGUUUUAGAUAAAUGUUUGUAUAUUAUAUUUAUAAGCUUGAUUUAUUGUUAUAAAUAAACAGUGUUGUUAAAUACCCUA